CAAAUGAAUGAAUGCGAUUGAGCCCGAGAGCCCAAUCUUUGGCCCAAUAGGACUGAAACGGCCUGGGAACACGCCGGACUGUGGGACGUCGCCGGUGGUCAAGAAUCAUGAGGGCAAAACGACGAUGUUUUUAGUGUCACUCUACUUAUUCCACCAGCUUUCAAAUCGCAGUUACCAGUAGUCCCACCGUUCUACUCUAGAUUCUUAAGAGAGAAAAAUUCAUCUGUUAAUGGCGAGACUUGGAUUACUUUCCCUAAAAUCCCUCCUCCGCGUAGCAGCGACUCCGUCUUCGCAGUUAUGCCGGUCCUUUCUUCACCGUCCUCGCGUCGCAACCUCCACAAUCCGAGCAUUUUCUGCGGCCUUGUCUCCGCCUUCCAAGGCCAUUGUCUACGAUCAGCAAGGCCCUCCGGAUUCUGUCACCAGAGUUACUGAGCUUCCGCCAGUAGAAAUCAAAGAUAACGACGUAUGCGUUAGAAUGCUUGCGGCUCCAAUUAAUCCAUCGGAUAUUAACAGAAUAGAAGGUGUAUAUCCUGUGAGGCCAUCACCACCAGCUGUUGGAGGAUAUGAAGGGGUUGGAGAGGUUCAUGCAAUAGGCGCUGCAGUAAAGUCUCUUUCCCCUGGAGAUUGGGUUAUUGCCUUUCCACCAACUUCAGGCACAUGGCAGACAUAUGUUGUAAAAGAGCAAAGUCUCUGGUACAAAAUUGACAAAAACACACCAAUGGAAUAUGCUGCUACUGUAAUUGUUAAUCCAUUGACUGCCCUGAGAAUGCUUGAGGACUUUGUGGUUUUAAAAUCAGGAGAAUCUAUUGUGCAAAAUGGUGCCACAAGCAUUGUUGGGCAAUGUCUUAUUCAACUUGCACGAGUUCGAGGCAUUCAUAGUAUUAACAUCUUAAGAGACAGACCAGGAUCAGAUGAAGCAAAAGAAAAACUCAUAAAGCUUGGUGCAGAUGAAGUAUUUACUGAGAGUCAACUUGAAGUGAAAAAUGUCAAAACUCUCCUGGGCAGUAUACCUGAACCUGCUUUGGGGUUUAACUGUGUUGGCGGAAAUGCUGCUUCUUUGGUUCUCAAGUUCUUGAGGCAGGGUGGAACUAUGGUUACGUAUGGUGGUAUGUCAAAGAAACCUGUAACUGUAUCAACAAGUUCUUUUAUAUUUAAGGAUCUUUCUUUGAGAGGGUUUUGGCUCCAAAAGUGGUUAAGUUCAGAUAAAGCAGAACAGUGUCAUGGCAUGAUAGAUUAUCUUUUGGGCCUAGCUCGUGAUGGGAAAUUGACCUAUGAGAUGGAGCUUGUACCUUUUGAUGAUUUCCAUACCGCUCUGGAUAAGGCACUUGGAAAGCGAGGAAGUCAACCUAAACAAGUCAUUAAAUUCUAAUCUUUUCGAGUUUGCUAAGCUUUUCAAAAUCUAAGAUGGGGAGUGGCAGAUAAACAGGACACAGGAGUAAAUUUCCAGGGUUAGACGAUCUCAUCUCAUCUCGGUUUCUGUUAUUACUAUUGUGAACAUUUUUCAAAAUAAUCUUGGGGGUCUUUAUUGUCAAAAUGUUAUUAUGUUCCAGCCA